CCGCCGCCGCGUGGUACCCUAUGAACAUCUCUCGCGCGGAGGAAUUCCUCCGGAGCCGGCAGAGGCGCUCCCGGAAGCAUUCAUCUCCUCCGACGCGCUCCCCUAGCCCGACCUUGGGGGAGCCACGAGAGUUUUCCUAUCCGACGCUCCCCGCCGUCCUGAUCUCGAGGAGGCGGCUCUCUCCGGCGCGCCCCGCCGGCUCGGGCUCGAGGAAGCAGGCCCCUUUCUCUCCGACGUACCCCACCGGCCCGUUCCCGGGGCCGACGAAGCAGCUCCCGCACUCCGCGACGCCCCGCCCCGGCUCGAAGGAUUCCACCGCACGGCGGCCCCCAAGCUGGCUAAUCCUCGACCGCUUCGUCCACCGCAGCAGGCGGUACGGGGUCGUCGAUUGUGACGCCACGGCCUCGUACCCCGCCGAGGACUGCAUCGGCAGACGCAUCAGCGCCUCCCUCAGGAUUGCCGGGUCUCCCGCGGUCUCCCGCCUGUAUCUCCACUGGCCGAGCAGGCCGUGGAUCCAGGGCAUGAAGGAGCCCGCCGUCAUCGCCGCCCACGGCCACUCCAUCCUUUUCAAGGUCUACGUGCCCUUCUGUGAUCCUCAUUGCCACAGACCCUGCUUCUUCCCCAUCGAUUACUUCGUCUACUCGGCCCCCUGCUCGCCGUUUUCGCCGCCACGGCUCAGGCGCCUCCCAGUUUGCAAAGAUGGUGUGCACACUGAGCCCGAUGACAGGUUCUUCCAACCGUACCGGCGCCAGCAGCAGCGGGUCAUGCUGGACCGAGGGAUGGGCCUCCUCUGUCAUGGUGAAGAUGGUGAGUUCACUGUGGCGGAUCUUACUCACUGUUACUACCACGAGGUCGAGCUCUGCGUGCUGCAUGAUCCGCCUCUUGGCCGCCGCGCUGAAAUUGGAUGGAGCGUUGAGCGGCUGCAGAUCCCUCCUGACAUGCAUAUGAGGGGCCUCGACCUCUUCUCGUUCAACUCCGACGCUGUCAUCCCCAUCCACGGUUGCUUCUUGGCCUGGGUCGACUACUACCAAGGCAUGCUUCUUGUGGAUGUCCUCCACGCAGAUGUUGAUCCGCAGCUCAACUUCAUCCCACUGCCCGCGGAGACUCUGCUGUCUUGCCGCGUGAACUACGACGAAGGCUGUCCAGACCCAGCUAGGUGUGUCAGCGUCACUGAUUCUGGCACCAUCAAGCUCGUGUGCAUUAUCACAGGUACUUCUCCUUCUUUCACCAUAGCAACAUGGACUUUGGUUGACAUGGACCAAGGUGUAUGGGAGAAGGAUGGCACCGCCAUGGAGGACAUCCAAUUCUGGGGCCUUUACGCCGGCCUGAAUCUUCCAUGGGUACAUCCAAGUUUUCCAGUGGUAAGCUUGGUUGAUCCGGAUGUCAUCUGCUUCUUGCUAAAGGAGGAGGACAGCCACAAUUUCUGGAUGAUUGAGGUUAACAUGAGGACCGAGGUGCUGCAGUCCAGUGCCAUCUAUAUUAAUGAAGAAGAAGAAGAACGGUACUCCUCUAAGAAGACCCCAAGGAACUUCUUUGAUGGUCAUUGCUUUAUCCCCAGCAAGUUCUCUGCAUACUUGGAGAAGGAUGCCAUCACAAGUCAGGAACUAAGUGACGUGAUGCAGAAGAAAGUAAUACAGAGAAGGGCGAUGCAAAAGAGUGGAUUGGAGGCGCAACCGAAGAAGUGAUUUUGCUGAACUGAGGAUGGCCUGGUGGCAUGCAGCACUACUUUUGUCUUGUGGCUUUGAUGCGUGUUAACAAAUUUGACACUGAAACAUCUCCAUGGAGAUUUUUGGGAGGCUAGUUUGAAAGGAGAACUGGAGGAAUGAACAUUCUUCCUAUGUAACCAAAUAUGGGGCAUGCCCCCCUAACCAAAAUUUGGUCUAACCACGAAUAUUUAGCAUUCCCAAGUAAAGCCCCA